GGAUUGACCCCAGCAUCCCUGGUUCUACCCACAGUGACCGCAGCUCCCCAGGAGCCCCCUGCCCGGCCUCCCCAGGCGGGCAGCGGAAUUGGACGGGCCCCUGGGCGCGCCAUGCGCAGCACCACGCUUCUGGCACUGCUGGCGCUGGUCCUGCUCUACCUGGUGUCCGGUGCCCUGGUGUUCCAGGCCCUGGAGCAGCCCCACGAGCAGCAGGCCCAGAGGGAGCUGGGGGAGGUCCGAGAGAAGUUCCUGAGGGCCCAUCCGUGUGUGAGCGACCAGGACCUGGGGAUCUUCAUCAAGGAUGUGGCUGAUGCCCUGGGAGGGGGUGCGGACCCUGACAUCAACUCCUCCAGUAACAGCAACCACUCAGCCUGGGACCUGGGCAGCGCCUUCUUUUUCUCGGGCACCAUCAUCACCACCAUCGGUUACGGCAACGCGGCCUUGCGCACGGAUGCGGGACGCCUCUUCUGCAUCUUUUAUGCGCUGGUGGGGAUCCCACUAUUCGGGAUCCUGCUGGCAGGGGUCGGGGACCGGCUGGGCUCCUCUCUGCGCCGUGGCAUCGGUCACAUCGAAGCCAUCUUCCUGAAGUGGCACGUGCCACCGGGGUUGGUGCGAAUCCUAUCGGCGGUGCUCUUCCUGCUGAUCGGCUGCCUGCUCUUUGUCCUCACGCCCACGUUCGUGUUCUGCUACGUGGAGGGCUGGAGCAAGCUGGAGGCCAUCUACUUCGUCGUGGUGACGCUCACCACGGUGGGCUUCGGGGACUAUGUGGCCGGCGCCAGCCCCAACCAGAGCAAUGCAGCCUACCAGCCGCUGGUGUGGUUCUGGAUCCUGCUCGGCCUGGCCUACUUCGCCUCGGUACUCACCACCAUCGGGAACUGGCUGCGAGUAGUGUCCCGACGUACUCGGGCAGAGAUGGGCGGCCUCACGGCGCAGGCCGCCAGCUGGACCGGCACGGUGACGGCGCGGGUGACCCAGCGAGUCGGGCCCACGGCACCACCGCCGCUGGAAAAGGAGCGGCCCUUCCUGCCUCCGCCGCCGUGUCCGGCGCAGCCCGCCGGCAGGCCCCCGUCCCCGCUCCCGGUGAAGGCCGAGCCGCCCUCCCCGUCCUCCCCGUCCACCCCGCCCACGGCCUCCGCGCUGGAUUACCCCAGCGAGAACCUGGCCUUCAUCGACGAGUCCUCCGACACCCAGAGCGAGCGCGGCUGCGCGCUGCCCCGCGCGCCACGGGGUCGCCGCCGCCCCCCUAACCCUCCCCGGAAGCCCGCGCGGCCGCGGGGCCCAGGGCGCCCGCGGGAAAGAGGCGUGCCCGCGUAG